AUGGACUCGGUCCAGCCACUACGCAUAUCCAAGUCGGGCAACACGCCUGCUACUUCUCCCAACAAGAUGGCCACCUCGAGGCCGCUCGCUGAGAUUGGCAACACCAGCCAGCGUCGCAACUCCCCGAGCUACAAUCAGGCUACCAGGAAAGCAAUCGUUUCACGCGAGUCAUCACCAUAUACAGAGAACAGCUUGGAGUUCCCUUCGAAGGCUUCGCCAUCCCCAUUCAAGGACAGGAUGUCGCCGUUUCGCUUCGACGAGAACACACCCGAUCGCUCACCCUCCCCAUCACUCUCACCCACUCGACGUUCCAGUAUCGAGCGCCUGAAGCAGUCAGCACGUGUCAAGAACAGCAACAUCUUCGCGCUCGAGACCAAGGACGCUUACGAUCCCACCUCACUACCGAUUGUAGAGCGACCGACUGCUAAUAGGCCGCUCAGCAUGCAGCUGGCCAACAACAGCUUCACGCGAUACGACAGUCUGAAGAAGGAGAACAAUCCACUUCGCAGCCCGCAGAGAUCGAAUGGUCACAAGAGAAGCGGAAGUGAAUUCAACGUGCCUUUCUUGAGCCCUACCAUGGAGGCUGCAGAAGUGCCUCUGCCGUACAGUCCAGAGAAGCAGUUCAGCCCAUCGCCAACCAAGUCUUCUCUGUCGCGCAUCAGCAAAUAUGGACUAGCUCAGGAGUUCAACGAAGGUGCACCAUCUGAUGACGAGCGAGCUUCUACGCCGAGGGCACUACACAGGCACAACAAGAGCGUAACAUUCCACGCUGAUCCGCCAGAAAUCAACGAGUACGAGCAGCAGACACCCGAGCCUUCUGUGUCUGUUGGAUCUCGUGAGGGUAGCUGGGACUCGGAAGACUACGAGCAAGAAGACUACAGCUUCGAACGUGGCAGCUCGGUCGAACAGGACCGCGAGGAUAGCUUCGACGAGGAUCUUGAGAAUGCGGAUAAGACGCCAGUCGUGCUGCCAGAAGACUGGUCGCGCAUGUCGCCCGAAGCAGCGCGCACGGAUUUGAUCAACAGAGACGAUGAUGUUUUUGAUGAGUCUCCAAGCCCUACACGACCACCUAUCGGACGCUCUACUAGCGUGACAUCUGAUGGCGAGUCGAGGCCGCUCCCACCUCUACCAGGAUUCAUGAAGGCUAAGCGCCCUUCAUGCAGCAAGGACGAGAUCAUGAAGAUGAUGCAGCCUUCGACCACCGAGCAUGAGCAGCGACCAGGCUCGAACUCUUCUGCUGACACCGAGCGCGGCAUUCCCGAGGAGCUUGUAAUCACCAAUCUCGACACGGGCGAGAAGAGCGACAUCAUAACCCCGGCCGUCACGGUUGAGGAGCUCGGUGAUCUCCCGGAUCUGGCUGCUGCACCACCACGCAUCUCGCGCGAAAGCAUCCUUCGCAAGAUUCGCAGCUCGAAAUAUGAUUUUGAGGACGAGAGCGACGAUGAUGCUUCGGUGUAUGACGGUGGAGAGACCAAGGCUAGGCCUACUUAUGCUGAACUUGCUGAGAUGGAUCCUGAUCAGCCGAUUCAGUCUCGGGAGAACAGUAGGGAGACUAGCUCGACAUAUCUGACUCGUGUCGAGACUGUUCGCAUUGAGAAGACACACGAAGUCCUAAUCAAAGCCGAGCCCACGGACGACGAUGAGAUCGACCUCGACGCGAUCCCGGCGAUUGAUACUGCGCAGCUCCAACCUCCUCGUUCGCCGUCGAGAAUGGAGGACUAUGACCGCCAGUCUUCAGUCAUCCGUCGCCGCAUGAGUACAGAGAGUGCCCCGGACGACGCUAGCCAGUACUCUGAGGAGCCUGAGGCGGAGAGCACCAUGCUCAACUAUGCCCAGCCUGAGCCUGAGGUUGAUGGCAAGGAGACGUUGCAGGAUGCCAUGCAGCUCCUCACCAUGAAGGACUACGGCGCGCCAGAGCCAGAGCCAGCUCCGCGAGCUGUUGUCGCGGCACCAAGCUUCGUCGGUCUGCCCGCCUAUCUCACUGUUGAUGACUACGAUUUUGGUAUGGGCCAGUACAUCACACCGUCGCCGCCAGCGUCGAGCGACAGUACUAAGAAACUCGACCUCAACGCCGUGCCCUCCCUGCAACCGAGCGCGAUCAUUGCUGAGCCGCAGCAGUACCAAAACCCGUACACCAAGCCGCCGGUGAUCUCUCCACCAGGUACCCCAGACUCCAUCGUGCAGCACAGAACAAGCGAUGUCAGUACUCUUCACGAUCACGAGCAGUACGACUAUCUCUACGAUGCACCUGAGUUGCAGCCACAACCACAGCCUGAGACCAUUCCAGAAGUUCUUGUCCCCGAGCGCAAAUCCACUAUCAAGACGAGCGGGAAGCUGAAAUCCCGACCUUCGGCUUCUCGCGCGGAUCUGGAAGCUAUUGGACAGCGCCGUCCUGUUAGUGGCGAGGAGGAGCCGGCUGUGCCUAGUAUCCCGAGUACUUACCUUCAAGAACGAGGGAUCUUGAUUGAUGAUGCGACGGCUUCUGCCGCGGCUACUGAGAAGGCUGGGCCUAUCAUUGGGGUUGGGGAGAAGAGGGAUGUUGGUCAAGAACGUCGUCGCCAGAGUGGGAAGUUGAGGCUCGAUGUUGGGUUUGCGGAGAUUGAGUCGGGUGGAGUGGAAGGUGCUUCCAUGCUUGGGCUUGAUGAGGAGUUUGAGAGGGUUAUUGAGGGGCAGAAACAAAAGGGCUACCUCCUGCGCCAGAACGAGAAAGUCAUCGUCGCUUCUGCCCGCAACUUCUCGAACGAUACGGAUAAAUCUAUGGACAGCAACAAUCUACCACCAAUGUCGCCUACCAUGGAUGCACGACCUGGACGAGGCACCCGCAGUGCAGGGAAUUCACCUCGCAAGCCGAGCGCCGAGCAAUUCCUCAAGACUGAGCCCUGGAAUGGCAAGGCUAGGAGGAAGAGUCUUCGUAAUGCUUCUGCACAAGGUGCUAGCUACAUGAAGGCGCCUGCGCCUCCGCUUCCUGGGCAGGAGAGUGCGCUUGGGGUGGUUGAUGAGGACUAUGCAGCCGGCACUAGCAAUCUGGACGAUGAUGUCGCCGAGGGUGUCGAGCGUGGUCGGCUUUUCGUGAAAGUCGUGGGCGUGAAGGAGCUCGAUCUACCCAUGCCUCGCAACGAUCGUCUGUACUUCCAGCUGACACUCGACAAUGGUCUUCACUGCGUCACUACCGCCAACCUGGAGCUAGGCAAGAAAGCAGCGAUCGGGCAGGAAUUCGAGCUCGUGGUGCAGGAGGAUCUGGAGUUCCAGCUCACCCUCACGACUAAGCUCCCCCCACCACCCAAAGCUCCACCAAUGUCAGCACCGCCUAGUCCUACCAAGAGCCUCAAGAGCCAAAAAGGCGGUUUCGCCUCCCGUUUCCUCUCCAGCCCGAAGAAGAAAGCCGAGCGCGAGAGGCAGGAGCGCGAAGCCCUUGAAGCUGAGGAGAGACGAGCUCGCGAGGAAGCCCAACGCAAACGUGCUACUAUCCAGCCUACGGCAUGGGAUAUGCUCCACGACCUCGUCAACGCGGCCGAUGGCUCUUUCGCUCGCUCGUACAUCAACCUCAAGACCCACGAACAUGGCUGUUUCGGCCGCCAAAUGACCGUAGACGUCCCGUGCUACAACGAAUGGGCUUUGGAAAAGGACACUCAUGUCGUCAAUUCCGUGAGGAGUAAACGCGGCACCCACGCCGGACCUGUACGGAAACCUCCUUACGUUGUGGGUAAACUCGAGCUUCAACUCCUGUACGUCCCGAAGCCGAGGGGUGCGGGGGAUGAGGAUAUGCCGAAGAGUAUGAGCUCCGCUCUACGGGAAAUUAAUAAAGCGGUUGAGAUUAAGGAGGUCGUGCAUGAGGGGUGUUUGAGCCAACAGGGAGGCGAUUGCACGCACUGGCGUCGUCGGUUCUUCCGGCUUCAGGGGUCGCGGUUGACGGCUUAUCACGAACAUACGCAUCAGAAACGCGCCGUCAUUAAUUUGGCUAAGGCGUCUAGGCUUGUGGACGAUAAAUCCACCCUCGUCUCCAACCCAGCCAAUGCCAAUGGUGUCACUGGUGUGAGCGCCAAGGGCAGAAGAAAAUCCGCUUUCGCCGAGGAGGACGAGGGGUACCAGUAUGUGGAAGAGGGGUUUCGCAUCCGGUUCGCGAAUGGGGAGACGAUUGAUUUUUACUCGGAUUCGGCUGGCGAGAAGGACUCGUGGAUGGAGGCUUUGAGGCAGGUGGUGGGGAAGCCUGUUACUGAGGGGAGUAAGAAGGGGAAAUGGACGGAUUUGGUGCUGGCGAGGGAGAGGGCUGCUGCUGCUGCUGGGGGCGUAGCGUCCACAGCGUCGUCGUCGGUGGAUACUUCGUCUUCGCCUUCGAAGUUCUCGGUGACGACGGGCACGACAGAAACGCAGGACUUCGCCACUGCUGCUGCUGCUGCUGCCGGGGCUCUGCCACGCCCUGCCGUCCAGCGCAAGCCUUCGGAUCGGAAAUCCGUUCCUUUCGCUACUGCUAGCAGGAGCGUGCCGGGUUCGCCUGUUAAGGGGCCGCCGACGCAGCGACCGCCGCCACCGCCGAUGGCGAGGGCGGAGACGAGCAGGGCUGGGACGCCGCCGAUGGCUCCGAGGACGAAGGGGAGGGCGAGGGAUGCGGUUAAGAGUAUGAUUUUUUAG